AUGGAAGGUGAUAGGAUGGAGUUGGUUACCAACGUUCAGGUUGUGGCAGAUCUCAAAGAGUGCGAGCGAAGGACAGAAAUGAGGGAGGCAUGCAGGCAAAGAGUGGAGAAGCUGGAGAACGAGGCUAAGUCUAGCAGGGAAAGGUUUGAUGAGAUUGUCAGAAAGUGGACUGAGGAUCAGCAAAGAGUGAAUCCUUCACUGCGGGAUGCUCUGCAGAGCCAGGUGCAACUGUGUACUGUAAUCAUAGAGGACAAGAACAAACUCAUUGAUGAACUGCAACAGGAGCUAAAAGCUAAAGAAGACUGCUAUCAUAAGGACUUGAAAAAGCAGGCCGAAGAGGUGGAUCUAAUUAUUGAGAAGAUGGAGGAUGAGAUAAAGACCCAAAUGAGGAUUUACAGGGAGGAGACGGACCAGAUCCAGAGUGUUUAUGAGCAAGAAAUUGAGAUCCUACAGAUGGAAAACGGAAAGAAAUGGGAGCAGCACAUGAAGGAAAGGCAUGACAAAGAGCUGGAGCAACUGAAACAGAGGGUCAAAAAUGUAGAGGAGUACCAGGCGCAGCUCCAGCAGCUGAGGUUGGACGAGGCUGAUGACAACAGCUCAUUCAAGAACAAACUGGAAACUGAGGCUCAGAUCGCCGAGCCGCAGCUGCAGCAGAUUAAAGUCCACCACCACAUGAAGAUGGCGAAUCGGUUUGAUUCCAAGGAGUGGGAGAAGAGAGACAGCACUAUUGCCAAAAUUCAGCAGAAGAAUAAGAUCAUCCGGAACCCAAAAACCAAGUGUGUCAGCCAGGAGACAGCGUCUAGAGAGAAGAUCAAGAAGUUGUUCAUGGAGAACAAACAACUUAAACAGCAAAUCAAAGAAAUAAAGAUGGGGAUAAGACACUUGCAAGAUUCCAAGAGGUUUAAGGAGAUGUGGCUGAUGAAUGAGUUGGAGGUUAAGCAGCUGGUGGAGAGGGCUCUGGACAUCGACUGGCUGAUUCAUGAACAUAUAGGCCUAGCCUGGGAGUGGCCUAACGCUGCCCCGCUUAUGGAGUGCCCAGAUCCCAUCAAUUCUGAGAAAAAAAAUCAGUGGACUGCACACCAGGCUUCCUCCCAAUUGAUCCCAACUGGGAAGGCUCCUAAACUUAGCUUGGAGUUGAAGGAUGCCUCUGUCAGACAUACGUAUAUGACUAAGACUGGGGCUAAGUAUGUUGCUAUGCCGACAUACAGAAAGGGGUCAGCUAUGCAGAGUGAGAGAAGCACAGAGCUUGAGAAGGAGGAAAGUACAGCAGAGCAGAAAGGAAAGUUGUCAGUGAACAAAGGAAAGGUGUCCAUGAAGACAGUGAAUAAACUGCUAGAGCUGCUGUGUAAUGAAGCGGGCUUCCUGAGAGUAGUGGAGGGUAAAAUCCAGAGCCUGCUGUCUCCUCUGGACAGGAAUACACAGUCUCUCAUUAAACUGUGCUCCAUCUUCUCUGCCUUGGGUAUUGAGUGUGAAGACGACAUGUACAAGCUGGCUGAAUUCGUCCUAAGGUUUAAACAAGAGCAGAGAGAGCAGGCUGAGGGGGUUUCUGAAGAGCAAGGUGGCUGCGAUGCUAUGGUAGAGGAAGGAGAGAACACUAGCCUGACCUCUGACCUUCUUCAUCCUAACAAUGUCCUGGCCGCUUUGAAAGCCUUCACUGCCCAGCACAGAAGAUCCAGGUCAAAACACAGAUCUUCUGUUCUGAUGGGUCUUGGAGGCAGGGAUCAUUCUGAGGAUGCAGCCUAUUGGGAAAGUAUGGCCAACAUUAUUUCUGAGUCCAAACUCAAGAUGUGGGACACACUGGAGGAUUCGCUGAAGAAGUACCAUGCUGCCCUGAAAAAGAGAUCUAAGCUUGUCACCGAGAUAGGCUUUCUUAAACAACAGAACACAGACCUACAGCAGCUGCUGGAACACAUUCUCAACUGUCAGGGUAUGUGUACUAUGUAUUACUUGCAAGUCAAGGCACAGCUUGAGGUCCUGCCCACAGAGGUGAUGCAGCUGGCUCCUAUGUAA